GUAGCAUGCAAGGUUUCAGACGACAACACCACACAGGUUUGUUGCUGAGCCGAGGUGUCUUCGACGAGUACAGGACGUUUUGCCCUGUUGCGGUUUCGAGUUUCCAGUUGGUCGUCGACCCACAAACUAAGGACAUUCCCAGGUAACACGAAUUUUGAGUAUUUUCUCAGACAGUCAAAUAUGCUAAAGCAGAUGCGUUACUGAAAAAUGUCGUCAAAAAAGCACUAUUCUUUCGACCCACGAGACUCAAGUGGGUAUGGCAACUUCUCCACCACUCGUGAUUCUGGAAGACCCACAUAUACAUCAAACAUGUUCUCCGCGCCUAAAGAGAGCAAGAUCGACAGAGAAAACUACCUCACGAAGGAAGAUUCUAAGCGGGUGUCUGAGAAUGUGACUAAGUCUGUUAUAACAAGAAGUGUUAUCGACAGACGAUCCAGGUCUUCCUACAGAACAAGAGAAGACAGCAAGUCGGGUAGGACGAGAGAUUUACAGGGAAUUUCAGACACAGGUCCAUCCAGGUUUUCUUCAAGUGUUUCAUAUGACGCGAACGAAAAUGAAACCAACGCUCCCAUAAGUUCAUUCUAUUCCUCUUACGCUAAAGACGAAGAUCUCAACAAAGAAAGCGGGAUAUCUUCUUUUUAUCAAUCAAGUAUUGGGUCAGGAAGGGAUGGGAAAAAUGCUGACCAUAGAACCAAGACGAACAAAGAAAAUACAGAUUCCACACGUGCUUUAAGUCAAAGAGCACCGUUUUCUGGUGUUCAUGCAACUGGAGGAUAAAGCUUGAGGUCUUAUGAUAAGACUGACUCGCAUGGUAACCUUAUGCGUGAAGGAUCUUUGGAGAGGAAUGUAACGAUAAAGGACACAGAAACAGCUUCUGAACGGGCAACGGAUGAUUCGAGAAAGAUUACUUUGGACGAUGUAAAUAUUCUGCGGAGGGCUUUGGAAAGAAAGCAAGCUUCUAAUUCACUGGAAAGAGAAAGGCUCUCAAAAAAGCUUUCCGAAGACGACCCUAGUGAUCCUUCCGACCCUACUUCAAAGGCAUAUUUGUCAUACAGCGAGAAAGAUUCUACUGCCGACCAACUACCGAAGACAAGAUCUUCAGUAAGAACAACCUAUGACCUCGGUUAUAGGGGAAAUAAAAGAACUGGAAGUGGUGAGGUCGCCGAUCCACUCAAGAAAUUUGAGGUUGCUGCGGAGAGGCUGGGUCGACAGACCAGAAAUACUCAUUCAGAGGAAUUUCCAGGAAAGCUAAGCACACGUUCCCGUUCUUCCGAACACCUUGACGGCAAGGAACGAAGUCGACUGGGGAUCUACCGAGAAUUACCAGGAAGGAAGGAACUCCUAUCUUAUUCCAGAUCGUUAUCUAAUGUUGCAACUUCAAGAUCCGAAGAUAAGGAUUUUUCAAGACAAGAUAGUCGGACCGGAUCACUGGAUCGACAUGGCGGCAGUAUGGAUUUUAAAAGCAGAGAAGAUCCUGACAGCCGUGCUUCUCUUUUAAGGCUAAGAAGCAGGUCUUCGGAGGAGCUGAGGUCCCUGGAUAAAGAGAACGAGAAGUAUCCAAGUUACAGGUCUCGUUAUCUUUCACGCCAAGGAAACUUUGAGCGUGGAGACAAGUUUGGUCGAGAUGUGACAAACACGAGAGAUAUUAGAAGACCAUCAUCCCAUGACAAGCUUAGAGAAGAUAUAGCUAAACUCAAGGCUGAAACAGAAUCACGUGUGACCAAGAAAGGUGACGUCAAGCUUUAUUCAUUUAGCAGAGGGCCCUCCAUCACGAGAGAAACGGAACCGUCGUCCCAUGUAAAGCUCAGAGAGGACAUAGCUAAGCUCAAGGCUGAAGCUGAAUCGCGGAAGGCGAAGAAGGAUGAUGUCAAGCUUUACUCAUUUAGCAGAGAGCCCACCAUUCAGGACAAGCUAAAAGAAGACAUUGCUAAACUUAAAGCUGAAACACUGACACGAGAUCAUGGCAAACCUUACAUCCCACCAUAUUCUUCAAGGACAGAGUCAGAAGACGUUUCCUCCAGAUGGAGACGUCGAGAGCCUUCCAUCCAAGACAAGCUUAAAGAAGACAUUGCCAAGCUUAAAGCUGAAACACGAAAUUUUCCAAGAAAGGCCCCUGCUACCACUGAAAUAAUUAUUCCAGACAGGAAGAUGGAAGAAAGGGGAAAUGUUCGGCAAAGUGGACUCGCCAGAACAACGAUUCAGCGAUAUCACCUUUCCAAAAAGGAUGGAGAUGUGUUUAAAGAUGAACUAAGGAGCGAAGAAACGCAGAGGUACGGCAAAGCUGAUGAAGACCAUGGAGUUUCCACAACACGUACGAAUGGCGCCUUGAGAAUGGAGGACAAGCCCGUUCCUCUCGAUGAACUCACGUGCGCCGACAGGAAUAUCAAAGAUGAAGUGUUUCCAGAAUCUUCAAGAGAACACUCUCGUACCACGAGAGACCAGGGCGCUUCGUUUCCGAGAAGACCAAGUGAGGAAGCCCCACCAACAUUCUUCUCGAGAGCACGGGAUGACGAGUCUUCAUCGUGGCCAAGAACAGACGAGGGUAGACUUUUGGAAAGGAACGAUUCUUUGACCUUUCCAAGAAAAGUGUGGGAUGAUCCCAAGCGAACAAGCUGGGAAAGAAGAGCUGAAUCCACUCAAGGUUAUGCAAGUAAGAAAGUGUUCAGGGCAGAUUCCACCGUGUCCAUAUCAUCCACCAGGGAUACAGAAGGCGGUCCAAGCUCUGUAAGAGGAUUUUNAUGA